AUGCCUCGUCAGGUGUGUGUGUGUGUUUCAGAGUACUGUGGCUGUCUUAAUGGGGGCUGGUGUCAGGAGAGUGGUCGCUGUGAUUGUGCUCAGUUCCAGGCUAUGGGAGAUCGCUGUCAGAUCAUUCCUAACACGGGCAAGGAUCGAGAUGGGAUCUGCCGCUCGUGGGGUCAGCACCACUUCGAGACGUUUGACGGCGUGUACUUCCACUUCCCCGGCUCUUGCUCCUACAUCCUGGCCAAAGACUGCCACUCGGCCGAGCCUCAGUACACAGUCUGGGUCCACAACAGUCGUUCCUGCCAGGGGUCGGUGUACUCCUGUCCCCGAGCUCUCAGUCUGUUCUUCCCCAACGAGGACGAGAUCCACAUCAGGGGGUACCAGGUCCACAAGGGUGGUGUCAGACUAAGCCUCCCUCAGACGGUGCGUAACGUGUUCAUCGAGCGCCUGGCCGACUACAUCCUGGUGAAGAGCACGUUCGGCUUCUCUCUGGCCUGGGACGGCAGUUCUGGGGUCUACCUCAAAAUGACGGACGUGCACAAAGGCCGCCCUUGUGGUCUGUGCGGGAAUUACAAUGACCAGGGAUCAGAUGAUCUGAGCAACAGUAGGGGUGCGAACUACAAUGACCAGGGAUCAGAUGAUCUGAGCAACAGCAGGGGUGAGAGAGAGAGAGAGAGAGAGAGAGAAAUGAACGGCCUGGCUGAGUUUGGGAACAGCUGGGGGGUGGACCUGCCCCAUGAGGAGCCCUGUGAGGACGUGGAGGACGACUUCCCCGGACCCUGCCAGUCAGAGUCAGAGAUGGACCCGGGUGGCGGUCGCCGUGGCGCUGUGGUUCUGGCCGCAGGGGCGGUGGCGCUCUGGCUCUGCUUGAGAGCAGCGGUGUGGGUUAAGUUCAGCUCUGGCUCUGAGGCUCAUUUUGAUAAAGUGUCCUCACACAAGAAAGACGCCAUUGAGAAAUGCAGUGCUCUCCUGUUCUUCCCUUUCAUCUCGUGCCAUGAGAACAUCGACCCCAAUCCAUUUGUGGCCAGCUGUGUUUCUGACCUAUGUGUGGCUGAGGACGAGGACACGUUUUGUCGGACGCUGGUGGAGUACACGAGGGCCUGCUCCCAUGUGGGCUACCCCGUCAGAGAAUGGAGAGACAGCUUCCCCACCUGUGCCGAUGGCUGCGAGGACAGUUUCGUUCACAGAGACUGCAUCAGCUGCUGCCCCCCGACCUGCACCUUUGAGAAGGAGUGUCUGGGCACGAACCUGCACUGCCUAGACGGCUGCUACUGCCCUGACGGACUCAUCCUUCAGAAUGGCACGUGUAUUGCGGUGUCUCAGUGCCCGUGUGUGUACCACGGCACCCCGUUUCCACUGGGCCACGUGCUGGAGCAGGGAUGCAGUGUGUGUGUGUGCACGGGAGGACUGUGGAACUGCACUGAGCACAACUGCACAGGUGAGUGCUCUGUGAUGGGAGACACCCACGUCAGCACGUUUGACGGGCGGAUGUUUGUCCACGCGGGCACCUGUCAGUACGUCUUGGUGAAGAGCCGAGGAAACACGAAGUUCACCCUCACGCUGCAACACACUGCCUGUGGAGAGUCCCAGGAGCAGUCGUGUGUCCACUCUGUGACGCUGGUGGUGGAUGAGGACAUGAGCAGACAGGUGACCCUGACCAGAGAGGGGGAGGUGCUGGUGGGGACGGUCAUGGCCAACCUGCCCUAUGAUGACGAGGUGGUGGAGGUCCGCAGGCUGACGUCAGUCUUCCUCCAGCUGCGGGCCGCCUCUCUGGGCCUGAGGCUUCAGUACGAGUCUCGGGCCGGCCGGCUCUACCUGCAGCUGGACCACACCUGGAGGGGCAACACACUCGGCCUCUGCGGAACCUUCAACGGGAACCUGCGCGACGACUUCCUUUCUCCAGCAGGUAUGAUUGAGGGCACUCCUCAGCUUCAUGUGAAUGCCUGGAGGGUCUCAUCAGCCUGCAGUAGUCCUGUCAACAUCCCCAUCAUAGACCCCUGUGAGAUGAACCAGCAGAACGUGUUCUACUCCUCCGUGUGUGACGCGAUGACCGAGGCCCUGUUCUCCCCGUGCCACGCCUACGUCAGCCCCAGUGUGUACCACCAGCAGUGCCGCUACCAGGCCUGUCGCUGUGGCAACAGCUGCCUGUGUUCCGCCCUGGCACACUACGCCUACGUCUGCUCCCAACACAACGUCAGCAUCAACUUCAGAGCGCACGUAUCCGAGUGUGGCGUGAUGUGUCUGGGGGGGAUGACGUACCAGUCGUGCACGUCGUCGUGCGGCCGUACGUGUGAGUCCGUGAGCAGAGCGGAGGUGUGUAACGGCGACUGUGCCGAGGGCUGCAGCUGCGGCGACGGAAGCCUCUACGACAGCGUCCGCCAGCGCUGCGUGCAACAGUCUCAGUGUCACUGUUACUUCAUGAACUCCAUCUAUCAACCUGGUGAAGUCUCUUUCAGUACCUCAGGACCUUGUCUGUGCAGAAAUGGCCGUAUGGAGUGUGUCCCAGAGGAGAGAGAGCCAGAGACGGGGGACUGUCCCAAUGGGAAGGUGUACCACAGCUGCAGAGACACGGGCACAGGUGCAUCCCGUGUGGGCGUGGCCUGCGAGCUCACCUGCAGGAACCUGAUGCUCAACCUCACCUGUCCGCCCACAACCCCCUGUGUGCCAGGCUGUGGGUGCCCUGCAGGGUUGGUGGGGCACAAUGGCGAGUGCUACUACCCAGAGAACUGCCCCUGCGCCUGGCUGGGUCUGGAGUACCUGCCUGGAGAGACCGUGGACACGCCCUGCUAUAGAUGUGUGUGCCACCACGGCUUCUUCAACUGCACCCACUCUCCCUGCCCCGCUGUCUGCACCAUCUACAGCGACCGGCAUUACCACACCUUUGACGGCCUCGAGUACGACUACGCCAGCGACUGCCAGGUCUACCUGCUCAAGGUGUGUGUGUUUGUGUGUGUGUGUGUGUGUGUGUGUCUGUGUGAGUCCCCUCUCGAGUACGACUACGCCAGCAACUGCUUGGUCUACCUGCUCAAGAGUGUCGGAAGCACAGAGGCGGCCAUUACGGCUCAAAACAAGGACUGUGUCAGUGUCGGGAGCACAGAGGCGGCCAUUACGGCUCAAAACAAGGACUGCUAUGAGAGUGGCAUCGUGUGCAUGAAGUACCUGCAGAUCUACAUGGGCCUCACCAAGAUCUACUUCAGCGACAACUCCGGCAAACCGGUCAGAUCAUUUACGCACUCUAUCGGCAAACCAAGCUCCUCCACUGUGGUGGGCCGAGGGUUUGAGUUUGAGCUGUGGCGGGCCGGGUACUACUCCGUGGUCCACUUCCCCAACCAGGACCUGACCGUGCUCUGGGACCGCAAGACCACCAUCCACAUACGGGCAGGACCACAGUGGAAGGGUCAGCUGAGUGGCCUGUGUGGGAACUUUGACAUGGAGACGGUGAAUGACAUGACCACAGCUGGACACAUGGAAGUCAGCAACCCACAGGCCUUUGGAGACAGCUGGGCACUGGGACAGUGUGAGAGUGAUUUCGUGGUGAAGAGGCCCUGUGAAGGGGACUUGAGCCGACAGCCGUACGCUAAGCGUGAGUGUGGCCUCCUGUACAGCGACGUCUUCGGCCCCUGCCACAACGUGGUGGAUGUGACCUGGUUCUACAGGAACUGCCUGACGGACACCUGCAACUGCAACCGCGGGGGGGACUGUGAGUGCCUGUGCACCAGCAUCGCUGCGUACGCGCACAAAUGCUGCCAGCAUGGGAUCGCUAUUCACUGGAGAUCCCCUACUGUGUGCCGUGAGUACACACAAACGCACACACACGCGCACACAGAGCUGGGCGAUGGCCCCUACACACUCUGGAGCGGAGCUGCUAAUGACUCUGACUGUGUGUUCGGGGCGAACGUGAGCAGUGGAGACGUGUUCCCCCUCCUCAGGGCCGGACUCGACACACACACACACACACACACACGCUCCGCAGCAGUCUUCAACUUCAUGAUCACCACAGGACUGCACAAAGACCGAGCCUCACGUCUGCCAGUAGUAUCCUUGGAGUCUGCCGAACGUCCCAACUUCUUCCUGAGUGUCACAGAGGGCCGUGCGCUGCGAUUGGAGCGCUGGACUGCAGGGGUGGAGUUUGGGCUCCGGGCCUCUUUCAUCCAUCACCAGGGCCUGUGGUUGCCACGGCGAUCCUCCUUUGAGCUGCUGGUGCAGAAGGGCGUGUUCCUCUCUCUCACACACACUUCAGCGUAUGCACAGAGCUACGACAACACACUCACCUUCAAGAGCAGCAGCAGCUUCACCAUGGAGGAGAGCAGUCUGGUGAUCCCGUACCGUCUGAUGUGUGAGUGGAAGUACCAGGCGUGCUCCAGUCCGUGUGUGAAGACGUGCAGAGACCCUGAUGCCACGCGCUGCCUCUUCCUGCCCCCCGUGGAGGGCUGCUUCCCGCGCUGUCCAAAGAACAUGGUCCUGGAUGAGGUCACCAGACGCUGUGUGUACAUGGAGGACUGUACCACUGUCCACCCCACUCCUACCUCCUACAUGUUUGUGACGAGGUCAAACCGCACCACUCCUGCUCCCACCACCUCCAGGAGUCCGGUGACCUCUGACCCCGAGACGACCCCUCCUCCUGGGGCUCUGAGCUCCGCCGCCUCCACCCCGUCGACCACACCCCCCUUUACUGACACGCCCACGCCCACCACGCCUCCAAUCACCACUGCCCGUCUCACCACCGCCCAGACCACGCCUCCUCCCAGCCCCACCCCUUCCCACACCAUGACGACGACACAGCCUCCCAGAACUACUACAGCACGUGUAACCACAGCGACACCGACCACACCCAUCGUCACCACAGUGCAGACCACUACGCAACCUCCUACCACUACGCCUGUUACCACGACAACCACAACAACAACGCACACGACCACACCCUUCGAGACCACCACCACAUCGAUGGUGACUGAAACACCCACUGUUGCCAUGACAACACAGCCUCCCCCCGAGUCGGUGACCACUCCCACCAUCACCACCCCUCCCAUCACACCCAAGGCUGUUGCUACAGAAACCAUUGCUCCAUUCCUCCUUCCCACUGCUCCUUGUACACCACCGUACUCCGUGCGCGUGGACGAGUGCAGUGAGUACAUCUGUUUUAACGGGGAGCUCAUGCUCCACAACGCGUCGCAACACUGCAGGAACAACGUCAGCCAGCCCUACUGCAACCUGCUGGGCAUGCCCAUACAGACCAACACUGACCCCUGCUGUCCACAGUGGAGAUGUCCCUGCCGCUGCUCUAUAAUCUCUGAUCUGCGUGUAAUCACAUUUGACGGGAAUAAUGUGGCCAUGUACAAUAACGGCUCCUACAUCCUGGUUCACCUGCCCAGAGAGAACAUCGUGGGCCACAUCGAGAAGUGUCCUACUAUGUUUGCACAAAAAAAACUCAGGUUCGUACACAGUCCUGACUCGGACCAAGCCGUAAACAAUCCCUGCCAAUCAACAUGGUGCUUCAGGACACAAAAAACAACAACCUUUCACGCAUCUUCAAAUAACUUAAUAACAAAUCUGUCUUUUUUUCCAUCCCUCCAGAGUGUGAACUACAUCAGACGACCGACUGCGAGUGGUGGUACAUCAGGUCUGUGCUUUAAAAAGCUGAACAUCACCACCCACUCCUACAGGAUCAUGAUCAACCGGCUGGACAGAAAGGUGUCGGUGAACCUGCGGACGGCCAGGCUGCCCUUCAGCAGGCACCUCCUGCACAUCGACGACACGGGCACCACGUACGUGAUCCAGACGCCCGGCGGCGUCAGCAUCCAGUGGUACCACAGCACGGGCAUCAUGGUGCUGCAGUACACCGCCCCGCUCAACACCACCACACCCACCAGGGGGCUCUGCGGUUGUUGUGAUGGCAACCCUGCUGACGACCUGCGCCUGCCCAACGGGACGGUCCUGCGGGAGGUGGAGGACAUCCCAGCGUUCCUCCAGAGCUGGAUGGUGGCCACGUCCGAGGAGACGGACUACUUCCGCCGUGUGGGGGACAACUGCACCACGGGGAACUGCUCCAAGUGCUUCACCAUGCUCAACCAGAGGCCCUUCUCACAGUGCCACCACAAGGUGUCUCCAGAGCAGUUCUGUGAUAAGAUCUUCGCUGGGGACCUGCACUAUAAGGACCAUGAGUGUGACUUCCUGGCUGCGUACGUAGCCAUCUGCUACACACACCAGGUCUGCAUCAGCUGGAGGAAACACAACUUCUGCCCCCUGAAGUGCCCGGCGGGGAAGGAGUACCACCCGUGUGUGAACACGUGUCAGACGCGGACCUGUCAGAACCGAGACUACUAUGAGGAGAGCUCCUGCUCCUCCAUCAGGGAGGCGUGUGUGUGUACGGGCGGCACCAUACUCCACCGCGCAGACUCUGCUUUCUGCGUCACGGAAGAGCAGUGUGUGUGUACGGAUAACGACGGUGCUCCGCGUGCCGCCGGGGAGGUCUGGAACGGUUCCUUGCGCGGGUGCUGCAUGUUCCGCUGUCUGGAGAACGGCAGCGUGGUGUCAGUGGAACCGGAGUGUGAGGACAGGGAGAACCCCGGGCCCCUGUGUGAGAGGGAGGGGGAGGCCGUGGUGAACGUGCUGGAGGAGGGAGCCUGCUGCCCCAAGAAGAUCUGUGAGUGUAAUGUAACCCUGUGCCAGAGUGAUGUGCCCAGAUGUGAUCACGGAUACAAGCUGCAGAUCGGCUACAACCCCCUCUCCUGUUGCCCCGACUACCGCUGUGAGUGUGACCCUGAGUCCUGCCCCAGUGUUCCGACUCCUGAGUGCAGAGAGGAUCAGUUCCUGGUGGAGGUGCGACAGGAGCGCAGCUGCUGCUACAGUUUCCUCUGUGUGUGUGAGUCCUGUAUUGACCCCAUCCCAACAUGUUUGACUGGAGAGAUUCUGACUGUGGACAUGAACACCACAAACCACUGCUGCCCCCAGUAUCGAUGUGUGUGUGACAUAAGUGUGUGUCCUGAGCCCACCCUGAGUUGUGCACUGGGAACCUCUCUGGUCAGGACGCCCGUCAGAGGACUUUGCUGCCCUGAAUACCACUGUGAGUGUGAGUGUGUGAACGCGUCACGGGCCUUCUGUGCAGUGGUGAGUGGGGAGGUGCAGGUGGAGGUGCCAGUGAGGGAAUCCAGCAGCUCCUGUGACUGUCCUCAGUACACCUGCAAGAAGGCUGAGGUGUGUUUGUUUCAGGACAGGACAGUGUUGAGCCCUGGUCAGUCUAUGAUCCAGUACUUCGAGGGGGACCUGUGCUACACCGUCCACUGCCUGCACCAAAUGGACCCUCAGACGGGCCACUACGCCAUGGACAUCUCCACAGUCAACUGCUCCGAGAAGUGUGAACCUCACCAGAUGUACGUGGCCUCCUCCGACCCGCAUGUGUGCUGCGGUUCUUGCAAGAACGUCUCCUGUUCCUUCACCGCUGAGAACGGAACCUCAGAACUCUUCAUGGCUGGCAGCUCGUGGGUGUCUAACUGCACCCGCUAUGACUGCAUUGAGACACCAGUGGGCGCUGUUGUGCUGGCCUCGGGAGUCGUCUGCCCUCCUUUCAAUGACUCAGAGUGCACACAGAAUGGAGGUGUGGUUCAGACUUAUGUGGAUGGAUGCUGCAAGACAUGUAAGGAAGAUGGCAAGACAUGCAAGAAAGUAGCCAUCCGGACAACGAUUCGAAAGGACGAUUGCCGCAGCAACACACCCGUGACCGUGUUCUCCUGCGAUGGGAAGUGUCCGUCGGCCACCAUCUUUAACUUCAACAUAAACAGCCACGCACGCUUCUGCAAGUGCUGCAGAGAGAAUGGGCUCCAGAGCCGUGUGGUGCAGCUGUACUGCACACGCAACGCCACCACUGUGGACUACUACUUCCAGGAGCCCAUAGACUGCUCCUGCCAGUGGAACUAGACACCCAACCCUAACCCUAACCAUAACCCUAACCCUAACCCUGACCCAUAGACUGCUCCUGCCAGUGGAACUAGAGACUGGGGACCGUUCUGCACAGAUGCUAGCGCUAACAAGCUAAAGAGCGUCCACCCAACACACACACUACCAGAAAGCAGCAAAGCUUGCUAGUUUAUGACACAUCAGCAUAACUCAUUAGCUUAUGAUGGUGUCCAACGUUAAAGGCUUCAGGAGAUCAUCUUAAUCCAUAUACUUCAUAGCAAUACCAAAUAAAGUGAACUGUUCAGUAUUCACAUAAACGAUCACUAAUAAUAUAACCUAAUAUCCUCCCAACCUUUUUGAUAUUGUGAAACGCCAAACUCCCUUUGAAUAAAUAAAUAAUAAUACAUUUAUUAUUAUUAUGAUUCAAAAUCUAUUAUCUAUCAAAAAGAUCAAACUAAAACAUUUAGCACAUAUACUUAGUGAUCAAAUCGCAUGCAAUGCUUCACCACUUCUCUGAAUAAUAGCCCAGAUGAUGUUUGAUUGUAAAGUGUUGAACAUUGCGUAUGUUUAGGGCGAGCAGCUUUGUCAUCACUGAUGUGUAUCAACCCAAUUGGGCGCACAAUUUUAUAGAAUUGUUGCUCAUUUUAUGAAACUUUAUAUGCAGGCUAUUCUAAACAUGUCAGAAUAAUAUGAUUAGUAGAAUCUUACUAUGCAUGGUUAAACGCGUUAGAAAACAGUCAUAGCACAUAGAAUUGAUCUUGUCUUCCUUUUUUUCCACAAAAUCACAUUCAGUUACUGGUACUGCUUACAACACAACUCCAACUGUACAGAUGAACACUAAUAGGCACGCGUUUAAGGUAUCUCAUCUUAGACUUCUUGUAUUCGUGCAUAAAACAUUGUGUUGGUUAGGUUAACCUGUACAAUAAUCUACACAUAAUUAACAGUAGAUAAUAGAGUAUACUUAAUUAGUCAUUCAUGGAAUGUAAUCAAUCGACGUAACAGCUGAUCAAUGAAAGCCUUUGCUCAGAGCCAGACUGAGGGCUAACGACCCCUUAGUGUCAUGCCUUAGUGUAGGAAA